AGUAAUCCGGAAAUGACGAGACGUCUCUCCUCUUGAAGCAUGCUUGAAUGGCGGUGACCUUAGUUCUCACACUGUAAGGCUGAAAAGUUUCAAACUGCGAACACCCUCGUCGGUCGGAGCCCUUUCUGAAUCCCUCGGCCUGACGACGCGACCAUGGCGGAGGCUCACCAGGCGAGAAUCGGGGCUGCGGUGGAGGAAAUGGUGCAGACCCUGGAGAGAGACCACAUCAGAGUCAUGCAGGGUCGCAUGUUCCGCUGCAGCGCCGACUGCUGCGACCGAUCCUCAGACUCCAUGUCUCAGGUGCACCAAUGCAUCGACAGGUGUCACACUCCUCUGGCCAAAGCCCAGGCGCUGGUUACCUCUGAGCUGGAGAAGUUUCAGGACCGUCUGACCAGAUGCACCAUGCACUGCAAUGACAAAGCCAAGGACCUCUUUGACUCUGGCGCCAAGGAGCCGGCCGUCCGCUCCCUGAUGGACCGCUGCGUGGGCACCUGUGUAGAUGACCACAUGAAUCUGAUCCCCAGCUUGACCCGGCGGAUUAAAGACAACUUGGACUCUCUCCAGCAAUGACAGCUUGAGCUUGUUACCACACAGGUGUAGGCUGCCAGACGAAUGUGUGAUUAAAUGAAGGCUGACUUGCUGUUAAUGUUGAUAAAUGUUUUUAUGUUCACAGUAUCAUGACAAAAACAGUGAGUAGCUUUUAUUUAAUCACAUGAAGUUUUCAGCUCUUAGGAUUCUUUUUUUUUUUUUUUUUUUGGUGUUUGUAAGCGAAUGUGUGUCCGAAUUUAACUUACUGCAGUUUUUUUGUAUGAAUAAAUGGUACAUAAAUAUUCAAAGAUU